AUGUUUUUAAGCGUAGAUUCAAGGAAGAAUUUUUGCUCCCUGGCAGUGGGUACACUUGAAGAGAGAAUUACAUGGACUUAUCAAGCAAAGAAGCUGAUUUCUCUCUGCUCAUUUAUUCUUUCAGAGUGUGAUAAAUCCCAUUCAGGGAAUCAAUGUAUUGUUGUUCUCACCUCCAUUGCAUUGCGUCUCGUUGUUGUCUUAACUGAUGUGAAAGGCUGGAAGAGCAUUAGUAAUGAUACUCUUCAGGAAGCAGACAUGGCAGUAAAGGAUUUAGUUUGGUUUAUGGGAAGCUGUCAUAGUGGUCUGUACAUAUCUAUUAGAAGAUACUUUGACAAAUUAAGUGUUCCUUCUUCUUCUCAAAUAAACAGUAUUAUCCAGAAAGAUGAUCGGUUCUUGAUUACUGCAAGUGCUGUAACUUUAGCUGUAAGGCCAUUUCAUUUGAUUGACUAUAGUGUUGUUAGCCCUCGCCCAGUGGAUGUGCAUUUUGCAGCUGAGCAGUACUGUUUGUUUCUACUGACUAUUCCUUGGCUUCUUCAACGUCUACCUGCUGUUUUUAUACCUGCUCUGAAGCAUAAGUCUAUUAUGUCUCCAUGCUUCCAGGUUUUGCUGAUUCUGAGAGAUAAGAUCUUCAAAGAGAUGCAGGAGAUGGGUCAGUUGCAAAAACACCUUUCUUCAGAAGAAAUUCCACCUGUUGGUUGGGCUCUUGCAAACAUUAUGUGUCUAGCUACAGGAAGUGAGAAUGACUUUGUGAAUUCUGUUGACUAUGCAUCCUAUGUCCAGGUUGUUAUCACUCUUGCAGAGAAUUUAUUAACUUGGUUUGACAGUGUUGGAUGGAUUAAAAAUGAGAUUCAAGAUCUUCAAGGUAAUAUUGAAACUUCCGCAGCAAGCAUUGGUGCAGUUUUACAUGGGAGUGAGACAUUCUGUGGGUCCUCAAAGAUGACAUUUAUGGACCUGUUUAGACCUGUCUGCCAGCGGUGGCAUCUUGUAAAGCUUCUGGAAAUUGCAAAAACAGAUGCUAGCUUUCAUGGGACUGAGACACUACCAACGAAAGGUUCAAAGUACAUUGUGAAGUUGGAGUUGCUCGACAUUGCAUAUUUUUACUCUUACAUGCUUAGAAUAUUUUCUCUCUUCAAUCCUGUAGUUGGGUCUUUGCCUGUUCUUAACUUGCUAUCUUUUACACCUGGAUAUCUUGUGGAUCUAUGGGGACAACUUGAAAAUUCCCUUUUCCCUGGAAAUGGUCACUUUACUGAAGAUAAUUAUGUUUCUACAAGUAGAAGCUCAGGAAACAAGAAAGAUGGGGUUUUGGAGAGAAAACAAAAACAAAUCAAUAAGGACGCUUCUAAUAAAUUUGUAAAUGCACUGCAUAAACUUACUGGGAAGUCACAGACAGGGGUUAAUUAUACAGAUAAUGUUGAUGGUCGACCUAAGACAGUACAGGUAGAUGAGGAAUCUUCUGAUGUCUGGGAUGUAAAACCUUUGAAACACGGGCCACCAGGAAUUUCAAAAGAUAUGUCAUGUCUGCUUCAUCUGUUCUGUGCCACCUAUUCACACCUGCUGCUAGUUCUUGAUGACAUAGAGUUCUAUGAGAAACAGGUUCCAUUCACGCUGGAGCAGCAGCGAAGAAUUGCAUCUAUGCUUAAUACACUGGUUUAUAAUGGCUUGAACCAAAGUAUCGGUCAUCAGAAUAGGCCCCUUAUGGAUUCUGCAAUCAGAUGCUUGCAUCUGAUGUAUGAAAGGGAUUGCAGGCACCGGUUUUGCCCACCUGUUUUGUGGCUAUCGCCUGCUAAAGAAAGCAGGCUUCCAAUUGCAGUUGCUGCAAGAACUCAUGAAAUUUUGUCUGCUAACACGAGAUCAGAUGAUGUCUCCACUGUUUCAAGCAUGGGUUCUGUUAUCACUACUACUCCCCAUGUAUUUCCAUUUGAAGAAAGAGUUGAGAUGUUUCGAGAGUUCAUCAAUAUGGAUAAAGUCUCCCGUAAAAUGGCUGGAGAAGUAACUGGACCUGGUUCUCGGUCGAUUGAGAUUGUAGUUCGGAGAGGUCAUAUUGUUGAAGAUGGCUUUAGACAAUUAAAUUCCCUUGGAUCAAGAUUGAAGUCAUCCAUUCACGUUUCAUUUGUUAGUGAAUGUGGCCUUCCAGAGGCUGGCCUGGACUAUGGUGGACUAUCAAAAGAGUUUUUAACUGAUAUAUCAAAGUCAGCUUUUGCUCCUGAGUACGGGCUAUUUUCUCAAACCUCAACUUCCGACAGACUUCUGGUACCUAAUGCAGCUGCAAGAUAUUUAGAGAAUGGUAUCCGGAUGUUUGAAUUCCUUGGAAGAGUUGUUGGAAAAGCUCUCUACGAAGGAAUAUUACUUGAUUACUCCUUUUCACAUGUCUUCGUACAAAAGCUUUUAGGUCGAUAUAGCUUUCUUGAUGAACUAUCAACACUAGAUCCAGAGCUGUACAGGAAUCUCAUGUAUGUCAAGCAUUAUGAAGGCGAUAUCAAGGAACUCUGUCUGGAUUUCACAGUUACAGAAGAAUCAUUUGGUAAACACCAUGUUAUUCCGCUUAAACCUGGUGGCAAGGAUACGUCUGUGACAAAUGAGAACAAGAUGCAGUAUGUACAUGCAAUGGCAGAUUAUAAACUCAACCGUCAGAUACUGCCUUUCUCCAAUGCAUUUUACAGAGGGUUGACUGAUCUCAUACAACCAUCUUGGUUAAAGUUAUUUAAUGCAAGUGAAUUCAAUCAGUUACUUUCAGGCGGCAAACAUGACAUUGACGUAGAUGAUUUGAGAAAUAACACAAGGUACACUGGCGGCUAUUCUGAAGGGAGUCGGACUGUUAAACUCUUUUGGGAGGUUAUUGAGGGAUUUGAACCUAAAGAACGCUGUAUGUUGCUUAAAUUUGUAACCAGUUGUUCUCGAGCUCCAUUGCUUGGAUUCAAACACUUGCAGCCAUCUUUUACCAUUCAUAAGGUUGCAUGUGAUUCCUCUCUUUGGGCAGCAAUUGGAGGACAGGACGUGGAGCGGCUUCCAUCAGCUUCUACAUGCUACAAUACUCUCAAGCUUCCAACAUACAAACGUUCAAGCACUUUGAGAACAAAGCUUCUUUAUGCAAUCAAUUCCAAUGCGGGAUUUGAACUUUCUUAGGGAUCUGACAUAUUUCUGCUUCAGAAUGGGCACAUACCACUGUCACUAGGGCUAUUGAUCAUGUCCAAGAGAGGCUGGUAGAUAUCAAAUACUACAAGUUUGAGACCGGGGAGCUUAUUAACAAGGCUCUGAGAUGUACUGUUCAGUUUCGUGUUGUA